CGGCGCCUCUCCUCCUUCUCCAACCCGGGCGAGGAGCGCGACGCAGCUCCAGCGCUAGAGAGCGGAGGGAGGCCGGAGGCGAUGGCGACAGACCCGCCGCAGCCGCGCCCAGCUGAUUUACGCCGGUUCAGCGCCCAGUGGCCCAUGCACGGGAUCCUGACUGACUCUGUGGAGAGCUCCGAUGAUGAGUUCUUUGAUGCACGAGAGGAGGUGGCGGAAGGGAAGAGUGCGAUCCUCCUGGGGAUGAGCCAGUGGAACUCCAAUGACCUGGUGGAACAGAUUGAGACCAUUGGGAAGCUGGAGGAGAACCAAGGCGAAGAUCCGUCCUUCUGCUCAUCUGGAGUCCUGCAGGAAAAACAAAGGGAGCUCUACAGAGCCUCUUUGAGGAAGCACCGCUAUCCUGCGCAAGGCAGCAUUGAGAUCCACGAGGAGAGUGAGGAAGGGGGUCAGCAGCAGAACUGCAAAACCCACGUCUUGAUCCUGGUCCUGCAUGGGGGCAACAUCCUGGACACGGGCGGCGGGGAGCCCAGCAGCAAGAUGGCUGACAUCAACACCUUCACAUCGGUGUUUGAGAAGGUCACACGGGCCCACUUCCCGGCUGCCCUGGGCCACAUCCUGAUCAAGCUCGUCCCUUGCCCAGCUGUCUGCUCAGAGGCCUUCUCCCUCAUGGCAAACCUGAAUCCCUACAGCUAUGAUGAGACCUCCCUGAGCAGCAGCGAAGACCACAUCCCUCUGGCUGCCUUGCCACUGCUGGCCAUCUCCUCCCCGCAGUACCAGGAUGCGGUUGCCAUGGUGAUCAGCCGAGCCAACCAGGUUUACAAUGAAUUUCUCAAGUCUCCUGACGGGAGUGGAUUUAAUGGGCAGGUUUGCCUCAUUGGGGACUGCGUGGGAGGAAUUAUGGGGUUCGAUGCCAUCUGCUACAGCACCGGCUUGGCAGAUGAAAGCCAGUCCAGCAGCAGGAGAGGCAGUGCCAGCAGUGCCCAGGAUAAUCCCCUCUCAGGCGAAGACUCCAACCUGGGGGAGCUGAAGCGUCUCAGCAAGAGCAACAUUGACAUCUCUGGGAUGAUGGAGGACGAGGAGCCCCGGCAACCGUUGCCACGGAAACAGAGCGACUGCUCCAGCUACGAAUGUGACGCCAUCACGCAGCAUCACGCCUUCCUCUCCAGCAUCCACUCCACAAUGAUGAGUGAGGAUGCUGAUUUCCCUCCUGAGACCUCUGCCAACCUGCUGGACGUCAACCUGGGACGCUUUGACUUUGAAGUCUCUGAUUUCUUCCUCUUCGGCUCCCCCCUUGGUUUGGUGCUUGCCAUGAGGAGAACGGUCCUGCCUGGCCUCGAAGCCUCCCAGGUACAUCCCGCCUGCAGCCAGGUCUACAGCCUUUUCCACUCUGCAGACCCCUCUGCUUCCAGACUUGAGCCCUUACUGGAGAACAAGUUCCACCUCCUGCCUCCAUUUACGGUCCCGAGAUACCAGCGUUACCCACUGGGAGAUGGGAAGUCCCACCUCUUAGCGGAUGUCCUCCACUGCCACAGCGCCCUGUUUGCUGAAGAUAAUUCUGCAAAGCUGCCCUCCUUCUCCUUGCCAGGGGUCUCUGAGCCUGCCAACGCCACUCUAGGGAAGGGGCGGCGAGGGAGCACCGGCAGCAGCGACAGCGAGAGUUCUGGGUCGAGGGAGAGCUUGCUCCCUGCUAGCGUGACCCAGAUCACAUCUAAAUGGUGGGGGGCAAAGAGGAUAGAUUAUGCCUUAUACUGCCCAGACGUCCUUACGGCUUUCCCCACAGUGGCUCUCCCCCAUCUCUUCCAUGCCAGCUACUGGGAGUCCACAGACGUGGUUGCCUUCAUCCUCAGACAGGUGAUGAGAUUUGAAACCACCACUGUCAAGGAGAGUAACAGCUUGGACCCAGCGAUGCUCAGUCCCUCGAACCCCCGAGAGAAAUGGCUGCGCAAGAGAACCCAAGUCAAACUGAGGAAUGUGACUUCCAACCAUCGAUCGAACGACGUCAUUGCGGCCGAAGAUGGCCCCCAGUCCCUGGUUGGCCGCUUCAUGUACGGCCCCCUUGACAUGGUGGCCCUGACGGGAGAAAAGGUUGACAUCUUCAUUAUGACAGAGCCCUCUUCUGGGCGCUGGGUCUACUUUGACACGGAGAUCACCAACAGCAGCGGGAGGGUCUCCUACAACUUCCCUAAAGAGAAGAGGCUGGCGGUGGGUGUCUACCCCAUCAAGAUGGUGGUCAGGGGCGACCAGAGCACAGCCGUCAGCUACCUCACUGUCCUCCCCCGGGGGAUGGAGUGCGUGGUUUUCAGCAUCGAUGGGUCCUUCGCAGCCAGUGUCUCCAUCAUGGGCAGCGACCCCAAAGUUCGGGCCGGUGCAGUUGACGUUGUCAGACACUGGCAAGACCUGGGCUACCUGAUCAUCUACAUCACAGGGCGCCCGGACAUGCAGAAGCAGCGGGUCGUCUCCUGGCUCUCUCAGCACAACUUUCCCCAAGGGAUGAUCUUCUUCUCGGAUGGGCUGGUCCAUGACCCCUUGAGGCAGAAGACCAUCUUCCUCCGCAACCUGGUGCAAGAGUGCCACAUCAAGAUCUGUGCUGCCUAUGGCUCCAUGAAAGACAUCUCUGUUUACAACGUCCUGGGUCUCUCCCCCUCCCAGAUCUACAUCGUUGGGCGGCCAGCAAAGAAAUAUCAGGCUCAGUGUCAGUUCCUGAGCGAAGGCUAUGCAGCCCACCUGGCCUCGCUGGAGUCCAGCCUGCGCUCCCGCCCCAAGAAGAACAACUCGCGCAUGAUCCUGCGCAAGGGCAGCUUCGGCCUCCACUCCCAGCCAGACUUCCUGCGCAAGCGGAACCACCUCCGGAGGACUCUCUCCGUCCAGCAGCCCGACCCGCCUUCCCUGACCCCCAAGCCGGAACGGGCCCAGAGCCAGCCCGAGUCGGACAAGGACCAUGACCGGCUCCUGCCCCCCAUUGCGUGGGGCAGAGGGGGGAUCCCCAAGUUUGAGUCUGCCCCAUAGCGGGCAUUGGGGAGGGUGCCGUCGUGGCUCCUGCGUCCUGUGAUGAGCGUGUUGGGUUCCGGCACUUUGAGAGCCGCCUGGGUGGCUCUGGGGUCCAAAUUGGGCAGGGAAGGGCCGGGGGGCUCCCCCAAGCUCCAAUGGUGUCUGUCUUCCAAAGGGACACCCCUGCGUGCUCCCCUAUUUGUGUAUCUGCUGACGAAAUGUGGAGAGCAGAGAAAAUGGGGCAUGCCUGCUGCGGUUUCUGGAGGUUGGUGCGUUGGGCGGGCAAAUGAGGCUUUGUCUGUACAUGUAUACUACAUUUUGAAGCGUGCAAUAAGGGGUCCGGCUCAUACCACAGAGCAGGGGCAGGGACCCCAGGCAGCACCUAAACCUGCUUUUCAAAUAAAAAAGUGCAGGUUGGUUUCCAAGCCCCAUGGCUGCACCGACAGUGGAGACAACUCUCUCGGGGAUGGAAGGAACCCAUCCAAGCACAGAGGUGGUCAGCAGGCAGCUUUGCAGAGAGACUCUCUGAAGUGCCUGAAAGGUCAUUUCCAUUCCAGCGGCCCAUUGAUAUAGCCGGCCUCAGAUUUCCAUGUUUCUAAAGAGACGGAAAACGGACAGGGACAUCAGCAAAGAAGGAGGCGAACGUGGCUUCUCUCCGGAAACAUUUACGGAAGGAAAAUUCCCUGGAGAAGAGGAAGGCAAAGGUGGCAUCUGCUGCUUGAAGGGCUGCCUGGCUUUUUUCCAGCUGUGGCGCCUGCGUUCUCCUGCCACACGGUUGGGCAUGUUCGUGGCUUGUGGUUUUGUGGACAAUAAACCCCACACUGGAGCGGUCCAUUUGAUGAACCAAAUAUCGUUAGGAGUGUGUUAUGUGCCCCUUCUUCUUCUUUUCUCCUUCGCCCCCAUUGGGAUCUCCAAAGCACCCCUCAGUGCUGCUGCCACCCUGUGUGUGUGUGUGUCGAAAUUGUGCGCGCUGCCAUUGUGUCUUGUGGAACGUAGUCGGUUGUGGCAAGUGUUUCCAAGUGAAAGGGGUGGGUGGGGAGUGCAUGUGUCGCCUGUUCAGUGUUCAGUGUGGAUUUCAAACAGAAAAGGCAAGGACUUGCUCACACCUGCGCUUCCAAGUCUGAUGUCCUAAACACACACACACACACACACACACACACACACACACACACACACACCACAACCAUACACCAUACACGCCAACACACACACACCAAACCCAACACACUCACAUUCUCUUUCCCAGCUCUUGGGUGCAAACCCAUGGCUUUUUGGGGGGUAGGGGAGCUCCAUGGCAUCUGAGUAGCCCAGUUUCACUAAGCCAAGGUGUGGAAAGAGAGAAAUCUUUACACAGGGGAACAGGAUGGGGUGCCAAAUGGCGUGCCCUGUCACUACCCUGUGAGUGCAGUGUAUAUUAUCUAAUGGGGGCCUUUCGCACGACUUCCACUGCUGUUGUUGCACAGCACAGGUUCACAUUUUUGCACUUGGUCUGUUUCCUUUGCUGUCCUGUAAGAAAGGAAGUGGGGAGGGGGACUUGAACUCAUCACCCAGAUCUUGAGCUUUCAUUCUCAAGAGGCACUCAGACAAUAGUUAGGUCUGCUGGUCCUGAGGUGUGAGAGAGCUGGGCUUCCCUCCUCAGCUCCAUCCUGAACCUUCUCUCUGUGGAGUUUGUUUCAAGAAUCUUAGAAAGCGAGGUCACCCAAAACACUUUCAACUUCCUCUUUUACAAAAAAAACCCCUCCUGCUGAAGUGAUACCAUGAUUUGGAGUGAGUCAGCGGUGGUCUCGUAACUUGGAAGGUACUGCAGACCCAUUUCAAAGCUUUUAGUGCUCCAGGCUGAAAAACUCCAGGGGUAGGGUUGUGUUUCUGUGAAAGUUUUUGACUAAUAAUUGCUCCAGUGGGAAAGCAGCAUCCCUGAACCAGUUUCAAACUGGCUGGAAUCAUAGGAUUGCAGAGUUAGAAUUCAUCUGGUGCAACCCCCUGCAGCAACACUGCAGUGGUGUCUCCUUCAGAUCCCAGCCCUGAGCUUGGAGCUGGGGACAGAUUGUCCAGUGAUUAUCUCAAAGGACCGCAUUUCAAACUCUGAACUGCUUGAACUUUGGGUUGCAAAAUGCAGCAUCAGCAGCAUCUUAGGAGACAGCUGAUGACCAUAGAGAAGUUCCCUCUAUGCCUAUUGAACUUCUGCCAUGAAAGGCAGAGGGGUGAGAUCACCUAAGCAAAUGAAAACCAGUCUGGACAGUCAAACACAGCUGUAGUUCUUGAUAAAACUCAGGCUGGGUGAUGAAGUUGCAAGCACCAGAAGAUUAUGGCCCCUCCAAUGCUUUCAAGAGCUGGUGUGCCAAGGAAUGGUGGUCUUGGGGUGGCAAGGCUCUUCCUAGCCCUGACUCUGAGGAGUCUUGUCCUGCCACAGAUGUGAAGUCCUGGGUGUCCUCUUUGUGCAGAGAGGCAGGAGGGUUUCGGGGGGCGUUCUGAAGUCUUACAGUCUGCAUCAAUGUACAACUCUGAGUUUCUUACAUGGACAAUUAAAACAGGAGGAGGGGAUAAAGACUCGUGUCCUCCCCCCACAAGCGGUGUACAUUUUGGUGUGGAAUUGUGUGUUUUUCUAUUAUAUAUAUAAAAAAUAAUCCUCUGACAAAUGGAGUCCUGUCAAACGAACACCUUCUCUGCCUUUUUGGUAUCUGUACUUGGAAAGGGUCCUUUUCUCACUCUCUGUCCUUCCUGCUGAAUUUCUGCGACCCUCUCAGCACACGGAUCAAAUAAAACCACUCUACCUUCUCA